AGUCAAAUUCAUUCAUAUUCAGUCAUUCAUCAGAGCGACGAUGAAGACAAUGGAAUGUCAUCCUCUGCUGAGAGGAACAAGGAGUGGCAAGUUCAGCCAUGGCUUCUCUGCGGCGGAGAUUGAGACCUUAGCCACCAUCUGCGACACAAUACUUCCUCCUCUGCCGUUCGAUUCAUCAAACAACAACGGCAGCGUCGACGCCGCCGCCGUGAAGGCGUUUUAUGCGGCUUCCGGUUCGCAAUCUACGAUUCCAGACGAGGUUGCAGAGACGGUGAGAAAGAGAGGAUUGAUCGAAACAGUGAUAAUAGUGAGAUUAGUGCUGUGGAUUCUGGCUACGAGAUUAGGAACGUUGUUGCUUUGUGGAUCGCUUUGUUUGUGCGAGAAAUGGCCUUUUGUGAGAAAAUUCUCGGAGAUGCCAUUGGAGAACAGAGAAGAAGCUUUGAGGAGAUGGUUUAAAAAUAAGGUUUUCACUCCCAUUAGAGCUGCUCUUGCUUCCCUCAGAGUUCUUUCUCUCUAUAUCUUCUUUUCUCGGGUUGAUGUAAAUGGCGACAACCCAAGUUGGGAAGCCAUAAACUACCGGCCGGACAUUGAUGAGAAUCCGUCCAAAUCCUCCGAUGAGAGGCCUCUCCAGACCGGAAUCAUACAACCCAACAACGAAACCGAGUCAUCCUUUCAAAAAUUCCUCUUACAGAAGGGUAUCAAAGUCACCGGAGACGAUGGCCACACCCUUUACAUCGAAUGUGAUGUGGUGGUUGUUGGGUCCGGUUGCGGCGGCGGCGUUGCGGCAGCGAUUCUCGCAAGUUCCGGCCAGAAAGUAGUGGUUCUCGAAAAAGGGAACUAUUUCACUGCGUCUGAUUAUUCAUCUCUUGAAGGCCCUUCCCUCGAUCAACUGUACGAAGCCGGUGGGGUUUUCAUAAGUAAUGAUGGCAAAAUGUUGAUUCUGGCCGGUUCGACCGUCGGCGGUGGCUCCGCUGUUAAUUGGUCGGCGAGCAUCAGAACCCCAAAUCACGUUGUGCAGGAAUGGGCUGAGAACCACAAGAUACCAUUCUUUGGGACCUCUGAAUAUCAAGUUGCCAUGGAUGUUGUGUGCAAGAGAAUUGGGGUGUCAGAAGAUUGUGAAGAAGAGGGGUUUCAGAAUCAAGUUCUUCGAAAAGGGUGUGAAAAUUUGGGGCUUAAAGUUGAAAAAGUACCAAGAAAUUCACCAACAGGUCAUUACUGUGGAUCCUGUGGUUAUGGUUGUAGAAGAGGAGAGAAACAAGGGACUGAUUCUACUUGGCUAGUUGAUGCUGUGAAUCAUGGGGCAGUGAUCAUUACAAAUUGCAAAGCUGAGAGAUUCAUAUUGGAAAGGAACAGAAAUGGAAGUGUAAAAAAGAGCAAGUGCUUGGGAGUCAUUACAAAUGUUUGGAGCGACAACUUUACCAAGAAACUGCAGAUCAAAGCCAAAGCUACUAUCUCUGCUUGUGGGGCUCUUUUGACACCACCAUUGAUGAUAUCAAGUGGGCUGAGGAACAAACACAUUGGCAGAAAUCUUCAUCUCCACCCUGUUUUAAUGACUUGGGGAUACUUUCCAGAGUCAAAUUCAGAGUUCAAGGGAAAAUCCUAUGAGGGUGGAAUAAUCACAUCAGUUCACAAGGUUGUCUCUGAAGAAUCCAAAUCAAAUCCCAAAACCAUCAUAGAGACUCCUUUAUUAGGCCCAGGAUCAUGCGCUGUGUUGACUCCUUGGAUAUCCGGACUUGACGCUAAGCAAAGAAUGCUCAAGUAUUCGAGAACUGCCCAUUUGAUUACGAUAGUCCGUGAUUCGGGAUUGGGAGCAGUAAGAUCAGAGGGAAGGGUGAGCUAUAACUUGAGUAAAGAAGACAGAGAAAACCUCAAGAAGGGGUUGAGACAGUCAUUGAGAAUUUUGGUAGCUGCAGGAGCUACUGAAGUUGGUACACAUAGGAGUGAUGGACAGAAACUUGAAUGUAAAGGGAUUGGGAAGGAGGAAUUGGAAGAGUUUUUGGCUACGGUAUCUGCCGAGGGAGACCUACUAUCAAUGACUGAGAAUUGGAAUAUCUAUACCUCAGCUCAUCAAAUGGGGAGCUGUAAAAUGGGAGUUUCUGAAAAAGAAGGUGCGGUCGAUGAAAAUGGAGAGAGCUGGGAAGCUGAAGGGCUCUUUGUUUGUGAUGCUAGUGUUCUUCCAACUGCAGUUGGUGUCAAUCCCAUGAUUACUAUCCAAUCCACUGCUUACUGUAUCUCAAAUAGAAUAGCAACAUUGUUAAUGAAGUAGGUUCCUAAGAUGUUUAUUGUUCGCUUGUUCAUAGUCUUUGUAUUCUUACACAAGAGUGUCGAUGCAUUUGCAAGUUGAUUAGAGGUUGAGAUCAUGCAAUUAAUUAUGUCUUUGUCCAUUGUUAAUGAAACAGGUUCCUAUUGUUUGCUUGUUCAGUC